CUUCAGCAUUGGACGGCCAGGAAAGCUUCACGGGCGCUUUAGAUGACCUCUUCUCCUCGACUGCAUAUUCGGGAUGCCCAAUAACAGUUUCAAUGGCUGACUUGUACCCUUCUCUGACGCAAUGCGCCGUUGUCGCAACGGCGUUCAAAAUCCUCCUUUUCCCCGCUUACAAGUCGACUGAUUUCGAAGUUCAUCGCAACUGGUUGGCUAUCACGCAUUCGUUGCCAGUACAAGAAUGGUACUACGAGAAAACCUCGGAAUGGACACUCGAUUAUCCUCCCUUCUUCGCUGCGUUUGAGUGGAUGCUCUCUCAAUUGGCGCAAUAUGCGGACCCGGCGAUGCUUGUGGUCCAGAAUCUCAACUACGAUUCCUGGCAGACCGUCUACUUCCAGAGGGCGACGGUCAUUCUGACGGAACUUGUCCUCUUUUUUGCUCUCAAACAAUUCAUCAAGUCCGUUCCUCAGCCUAAUAAACACCUCGCGCAUGCCGCUAGCUUGUCGAUUUUGCUGUCUCCCGGGUUAUUCAUUAUUGAUCAUAUUCAUUUUCAAUACAACGGAUUUCUGUACGGGAUACUAAUUCUUUCUAUCGUUUGGGCUCGAAAGCAAUCGACUUUACUUUACAGCGGGGUUGCCUUCGCCGUUUUGCUCUGCCUGAAACACAUCUACCUCUACCUCUCGCUCGCCUAUUUCGUCUACUUGCUACGAGCGUAUUGUUUAGACCUGAAAUCGGUGUUUCGACCGCGAUUCGGAAAUAUCAUCAAGCUGGGUCUCAGUGUAGUCACAAUAUUCGGGCUUGCCUUUGGUCCAUUUGCGUCCUGGGGUCAGCUACUUCAACUGAAAGAUAGGCUAUUUCCGUUCUCAAGAGGCUUGUGCCAUGCAUACUGGGCUCCGAACGUCUGGGCCAUGUAUUCAUUUACAGACCGCGUUCUCAUUCCACUUGCCCCGAGACUUCGGCUCCCAGUCAACUACGAAGCUCUCUCAAGUGUCACCCGCGGUCUUGUCGGCGAUACAUCUUUCGCUGUACUACCAGAGGUCUCCAAAGAACACACGUUCGCUCUGACGCUCCUGUUUCAAUUACUUCCCUUGAUCAAACUAUGGCGUCGUCCCGACCCAGACACCUUCAUCGGAGCCCUGACUCUUUGUGGUUAUGCCUCUUUCCUUUUCGGCUGGCACGUCCACGAAAAGGCCAUCCUCCUAAUCAUCAUCCCCUUCAGCCUAAUCGCCCUCAAAGACCGACGCUACUUCAGCGCAUUCCGUCCCAUAGCCGUGGCGGGCCACGUCUCGCUCUUUCCCCUCCUCUUCACAGCUGCGGAGUUCCCGCUCAAAACAGUCUACACCCUUCUGUGGCUAAUCCUCUUCCUCUUCGCCUUUGACCGCAUUGCGCCCGUCCCCGAACGGCCGAGGAUCUUCCUCCUUGAUCGCUUCUCCCUUCUCUACAUCACUGUUUCCAUCCCGCUGAUUAUUUACACUUCGCUGGUCCAUCAGCUUGUGUUUGGUCUGGAGCGGUAUCAAUUCCUGCCCUUGAUGUUUACGAGUAGUUAUUCUGCGCUUGGGGUCGUGGGAAGCUGGGUUGGGUUUAUGGUUGUUUAUUUUACGGCAUAGCCUAUAGAAUAGAGC